AUGCAGACGUCUCUGAUCGUCUACCUCUUCAUUCUCCUGCCUGUUCCAGGAGUUUGCUUGAACUGUGAACGCUGCAGCAGCAGCAACAGUGACUCGUGCAUUGGGACACCCUAUACCUGCCCACUAUCUGAAGAUGCCUGCCUUAUCUUCACCUCAGAGAACAUCGUUGGAAAUGACCGAUGGUUCUCCACGUUCAAAGGCUGCACCAAGAAAAAGUUCUGCCCUCCGACGCCCAUGGGCUUCACUUUCCCGAACCAGCGCAAACGGAGAGCUGCCAAGUGUUGCCACAAAGAUCUCUGCAAUGCUGGAUCAGUGACACUGCCACGGCUAGGGGCCAGGCCAAAUGGCUUACAGUGUCCUGGAUGCUUCUCGCAGAAUCCAAGGUGCCGCCCCACGGAGACAUUAAACUGCCACGGCUGGGAGCGCAAAUGUGUCUACUAUGAUGUGUCCGUACAACAGGGUGAUGAGAUAUACACCUAUGCCAAACGUGGCUGUGGGACCAAACACGCCUGUGUGAGCGGGCCACGUACUCUCGGGAUACCUGGAUUGUAUGUAGAAAUAUGGAAGAACGCCAUGUGCACUCCAGCUGUCAAAUACAUGCACUAG